AUGGGGUUAUUAGAGGAGCUGCGUGAUACUCUCAUCAACAAGUCCGGCGACGUGGAGCUGGGCAAGCGAUUCAGGGCGUUGUUUGACCUGAAGCACAUUGGCUCUGAGUGGGAAAGCAACCCGGAGGAUGCCAAAAGGGCAGUGCAGUACAUUGCGGAGUCGUUCAAGGACGACUCAGAGCUGCUGAAGCACGAGGUUGCGUAUGUGCUGGGCCAGACGAAGAACAUGGACUCUGCUCCCAUGCUUAGGGACGUGCUGAAGGACGAGGAAGGCCAGCAGUGCAUGGUGAGACACGAGGCUGCGGAGGCACUUGGUGCGCUAGGCGAUGUCGAUUCAAUGGCGUUGCUGAAGCACUACUACGAGCACGAUCCGCUUCUCGAGAUCAGACAGACCUGUGAGCUGGCAAUUGAACGUAUCAACUGGGAAACAAGCGAGAAGUCCAAGCAGGAGAAGCUCCAGGCGAGUGCGUUCUCGUCCAUCGACCCUGCGCCUCCGCUAUCGCUGGAGAAGGACUACGACCUGGACAAACUGACAAAGAUCCUCAAUGACCAGGACGAGCCCCUGUUCAUCCGUUACAGGGCCAUGUUCAGGCUGAGAGACAUAGCCACUGAUGAGGCGUGUCUGGCCCUGGCCACCGGCUUCGACGACCCAAGUGCGCUGUUCAAGCAUGAGAUCGCCUACGUCUUUGGCCAGCUGUCCAACCCUGUCACUGUGCCUGCGCUCGUCGAGGUGCUGAAGAGACAGGACGAGGCUCCGAUGGUGAGACACGAGGCUGCCGAGGCAUUGGGGUCCAUUGCGACGGACGACGUGCUGCCAGUGUUGAAGGACUUUGCAACUGAUUCGGAUGAGGUUGUGAGGGACUCUGCCAUCGUCGCACUGGACAUGUACGAGUACGAGAACUCCGUGGAGGUUUAG